AAUUAAAAAAGUUUUAUGUUUUAUUUAAAUAUAAUAUAUACCUGUUUGCAAUAUAAUUAUUAGAUUACCAUAAAGAUAUAUUGACUAGUUUAAAAAUCAAGUUUAAUUUAAUUGAAAUGGAUGUUCAAUUGAUUCAAGAAAUUGAAUUACAAAAUCAAAAUUGGAGAACAGUUCAGCGCACUGUCCUUAAUGAUUUUUCAGAUUUUGAAAUGUCGUCGAAAAUUUCGAUUACCAUUGCAUAAAAUAUCAGAAAUUAUUAACACUCUAAAAAUUGAUUUGUCUCCAAAAACAGAUAAAAACAAUCCCAUUUCACCAGAAACAAAAGUUCUUGUUGCCCUUAGAUUUCUAGCAACAGGAAGCUUUCAAAAUACUAUUGAAAAGGGGUAUUCUGCUAUAAACUGCAAGUUUGUUGUUGAUCCAGAUGGACAGUUCCGAGAUGCUGUUAUCAAAUUUCCAGGAUCGUGUCACGAUGUUUUUGUUUAUUCAAAUUCAACUUUGAAACAAACAUUGGAGCUUGAUCCGGCUUCAGGUUUUCUUUUCGGUGAUUCAGGCUAUGGGUUGUCACCUGUCAUGAUUACUCCAUUUAGUCCUGCAUUAAACCCUGAAGAAAUAUUGUUUAACAAAAUUCACUCAAGGGUUCGAAGUGAAAUAGAACGUUGUUUUGGCCGUCUUAAAAACCGAUGGAGGUGUCUACAUAAAAAUGGUGGAACACUUCAAUAUACCCCAUCCAAAUGCUGCUCAAUAAUUUAUACUUGUGUAAUACUUGAAAACAUGUGCAAUUCACUUGGUUUAGAAGAUCCAGACAACGUAGUAUUUAUUGAGGAUGCAGUUGACAACACUGAAGAUAAUGGCAACUGUUCAGGUGUUGGUCAAAGACAAACCAACCAAUUUCGACUUGGUAUAAUUAGAAGAAAUAACUUAAAAAGUUAUAUGUUUGCCAAUAGACAUCGUUAUGUCUCAUGAAAAUAUUGUAUUUAAAAAAAUAAACUUGUUUUUAUAUAAAAAUUAGCAUUUUUUAUGGAGAAAAAAACAUUUUAAUAAAUUUUUUUGAGCGAGUUAUUACUAUAUUAUUUAUUAAAUUUUAUAUUGUAAUCCUUCUGUAAUUUUUAUUAGAUUGUAUAUUGUAAUCCUUGUGUAAGUUUUUAUUAGAUUAUAUAUUGUAAUCCUUGUGAAAGUUUUUAUUAGAUUAUAUAUUGUAAUCCUUGUGUAAGUUUUUAGCGAAUUAUUAUUAUAUUGUUUACUAAAUUAUGUUUCUGAGCGU